GCUAUAAAAAGCGAGGUCCCAUUAGAGGCCGUAUCUCCUCACAAACUUAUCUUAAUUGGGGGAAACACAAGCUGAAGCCAGAUACCCAGAAAGCGAUGGUUUCUACCUUACAAAGGAAAUUCGCCUCACGGAGGAAGCUGCGCCUUGUUCGACCUUUGGCCAUUCAUGAAUCCCCUGGGAGACAAAGCUGUGUCUUCUGGAAUGCUGUUCUCUUCAUUCAUAAGCUCAAACUCAAGCUGGAGGCGAUUGAGAGAGAGUAUUCAAAUCUAUUGGCUGCGAAAAGAGAAAUCUUGAACAACUCUGUGAAGUCUUUUCAUUUCCCCAAGGAGGUGGAGGUGGAGAAGAUUGGAAAAGAAUUUAGAGUGAGAUUGAGAUGCGAAAAGGGAGGGGACAGAUUGGUUUCAGUUUUGGAGGCGUUUGACAAAAUGGGUCUAAAUGUUCUUGAAGCUAGAGUUUCGUGUACGGAUUGUUUUUCCAUGGAAGCCGUUGCUGUAGCUGAAGUUGAACAAUCGCUUGAUGUAAGAGACAUAAGGGAAGCUAUUAACGUAGCCAUUGAUGGGAAAUUGUUAGCUGCAAAUCAGAUUCAGCAAGAAAUUCCAGAGGAAAAUGAUGAAAUUUAGUCACUUCUCACUUGCCUAGCCUAUCAGUUGUUGAAUAGAAAUGUCUAAAAUGAUGAAAUUUAGUCACUGCUCACGUGCCUAGCCUUUCAGUUCUUGAAUAGAAUGUUUCUUGGCAUCCCAAAUCUCUUGUAUUUUCUUCUUCUUUUUUUUUUUUUGCCCCCAAGUUGGAAAAAGGAAACAAAGAGGUGGUUUUUGGCAGUUCUUAAGAAUGAAACAAAUUUUGGUUUU